AUGGACGACCUCCGCGAGCAGGUGGAGCUGCUGGAGAGCAGCGCCAACCUCUCGGCCAGCAUCGACCACGUGCAGAGGGCCAUUGACAUGCUCACGGCAGCUCGUGCCACGAUUGCAGCAGAGCCCAAGACGGCGCCCUUGACCCUCGCGCGCCUGCAGGACCCCUUCAAGCAGUCGCUGGACACGGUGCAGAAGGACCUCAGGCCCAUCUACUCGGGCCUGAACAAGUACGGCAAGGCGCUGGACAAGAAAUUCAAGGACAAGCCGCUGCCCUCGGCCGAAAAUGACGCCCUCUCGUCCCACCCCUCGCUCAUCAACCGCGCCAUUGCCAUGCAUCUGCUCCGCGAAGGCCAGUUCGACGUCGCCUCCACCUUCAUACAAGAGGCCACCCGCCACCCGCCGCACCCCGAGCCCACGCCCAACACGCCCAACCCCUACCUACGCGAAUCGUGGGAGAAGGACCUAGCAGAGGGCACCUUCAACUCGGAGGAGCUGCAGCAGAAGUUUGCCCAAAUGUACCACAUCCUGCACGAGCUGCGCAUCCAGAGGAACCUCCAGCCCGCGAUACAGUGGGCGCGCCAGCGCAGCGCCGAACUCGAGGGCCGCGGCAGCAAUCUCGAAUUCGAACUGUGCCGGCUGCAGUUUGUCUGUCUCUUCGACUCCCACAGCCAGGAUAGCGAUGCCAUGGACACGGAAACCCCCAAUGGGCCCCUCAACGCCUGGGCCUAUGCGCGCCGCGAAUUCGCGCCCUUCCAAAAGCGCUACCAGCGAGAGAUUCAGCAGUUGCUAGGCGCAAUGGCCUUCUGGCAGAACGUCCAAGACUCGCCCUACCGCCGCCUCUUCUACAACGACUCGGCGUGGGAAGAAGUAGCCCACUCGUUCAACAGAGAGUUUUGUUCGCUGCUGGGUCUCAGUGCCGACUCGCCCCUUUUUAUAGCUGCCACGGCCGGCGCAAUAGCGCUCCCCUACCUGCUGAAAAUGCAGAGCAUCAUGAAAGAGAAGCGCACCGAAUGGACCACGCAGGACGAACUUCCCGUCGAAAUCCCCCUGCCAAGCCAGUACCACUUCCACAGCAUCUUUGUCUGCCCAGUGUCCAAGGAACAGUCCACCGAUACCAAUCCGCCCAUGAUGAUGCCCUGCGGUCACGUCAUUGCACAGGAGUCCCUCGAUAAGCUUAGCAAGGGCUCCAGAUUCAAGUGUCCUUAUUGUCCCAAUGAGAGUCAUCCCAGGGAAGCUAUGAAAGUCGUACUUUAA